AUGCGUCCGGCAACGGUGAACGAGAUGUAUGCAUCCGGCGGUGGUCAGGGUGUCGAGGGGCGAAGUGGCGGCGAAUACGACGGCGCAUUGGUGGUCGGCCGUCUGUGUGAAGGGGGUGUCAAGGCCUAUGGGGAAGAAGAUACAAGGAUUAAUAGUGAAUCUAAUGGGAUCACUGGUAGCUCUGGUCAUAAUAUUACUCAUGGACAGAAGGUGGACUCUGGUUCUUCUCAAAUGGGAGAGGGUACUUUCUCAACCAUGGGUAAGGGGGAUUUGGUGUUGUAUGAUGUAGCACAACAGAGCAGAAUCUUAGGGGUGAUUGUUGAAGAAACACCUCAGAUAGAAGGUAUGAAGGCUGACCAGAUAGGGACAGUAGCUGUUGUUCCUAUGGGGGAAGAGUACCUACUCAAUAAGACUGAAGUGAAGACAGGCAAAUCCAAGAGGACAUGGAAGAGGGCUCUACCUAAAGAAAGGAGACUCAUUAGAGACUGUGGGGUAGUUAUCAAAGAGGAUUCUAAGCAGCAGCUAUUUAAAAGACUGAGGGAUUUCGGA